GUGGUAGGGCUGCUCCCCGCUCAGGGGGAGUAAACCCGCCUUCUAACCCAAGAGCAAGCGCAACAACUUAGCUCAAAGCAGAGGACAAAAAGCAAGCUUGCCUCCUUUCUAAGAGCUCAAAUGCCCAGGCUAUGGAUGAGUGUCUUUCCUGAUCCCGUGUAGCUUGAGUGAGGGCCCUGAGGUUCUCCUAAAAAAAAGCCAGAGAAGAGCCGGCAGUGGUAGCAAACAGUUUUAAUCCAGCCUGGUCUACAGAGUUCUAGGACAGCCGGGGCUACACAGAAGCCCUGUCUCAAAAAAUCAAAGGGGGAAAAAAAGUCAGAGAAAGUAGUGAGACAGCCAUGGGGCUGCUGCCUGGUGAUGGUCUGUGGCCCGUGGCCAUCUUCACGGUCAUCUUCAUAUUGCUGGUAGACCUGAUGCAUCGGCGCCAGCGCUGGACUGCGGGCUACCCACCAGGCCCUGUGGCAUGGCCUGUCCUAGGUAACCUGCUGCAGAUGGACUACCGGAAUACUCCACACAGCUUCCACAAGCUUCGGUGUCGCUAUGGUGACGUGGUCAGCCUGCAGAUGGCCUGGAAGCCCGUGGUCGUGAUCAGUGGAUUAAAGGCCGUGCACGAGGUGCUGGUGACCUGUGGAGAGGACACUGCUGACCGCCCUCCAUUACCAGCCUAUGAGAACCCAGGCUUCGGGCCUAAAUCCAAAGGUGUGGUCCUUGCACCUUACGGGCCCGAGUGGCGAGAGCAGCGGCGAUUCUGUGUGUCCACCCUGCGCAACUUUGGCCUGGGCAGGAAAUCGCUGGAGCACUGGGUGACGGAGGAGGCUGGCCACCUCUGUGACGCCUUCAGCGACCAUGCUGGGAGCCCCUUCAAUCCAAAAACCCUCCUGAACAAAUCGGUGUGUAAUGUGAUCUCCUCCCUCAUUUAUGCCCAACGCUUUGAGUAUGGAGACCCUUACUUCACCAGCAUUUUGAAAAUAAUAGAAGAACAUUUAGAAGAUGUUUCUGGCUUCAUUCCUGAGGCUCUCAACAUGUUCCCGGUGCUCCUGAGCAUCCCAGGCCUGGCUGACAAGGCCUUCCCACGGCAAAAGGUAUUUAUGGCCAUAUUCGAGAAUCUGUUGAGUGAGCACAAGACGACCUGGGACCCUUCCCAGCCACCCCGAGACCUGACUGAUGCCUUCCUGGCUGAGGUGGAGAAGGCCAAGGGGAAUCCUGAGAGCAGCUUCAAUGAUGAGAACCUGCGCAUGGUGGUGGCCGACCUGUUCACGGCGGGGAUGGUGACCACGUCAACCACACUGUCCUGGGCCCUGCUGCUCAUGAUCCUGCACCCGGAUGUGCAGUGCCGUGUCCAGCAGGAAAUCGAUGAAAUCAUAGGGCAGGCGCGGCGUCCAGAGAUGGCUGACCAGGCCCGCAUGCCCUACACCAAUGCUGUGGUCCAUGAGGUGCAGCGCUUUGCAGACAUCGCUCCAGUGAAUUUUCCACAUAUGGCAUCCCGUGACAUCGAAGUGCAGGGCUUCCGCAUCCCCAAGGGGACCACCCUCAUCACCAACCUGUCCUCUGUGCUGAAGGACGAGACUGUGUGGGAGAAGCCCCUCCAGUUCCAUCCUGAACACUUCCUGGAUGCUCAGGGCCACUUUGUGAAGCAUGAGGCCUUCAUGCCAUUCUCAGCAGGCCGGCGAGUAUGCCUGGGGGAGCCCCUGGCCCGCAUGGAGCUCUUCCUGUUCUUCACCUGCCUCCUGCAGCGCUUUAGCUUCUCGGUGCCCGAUGGACAGCCCCGGCCCAGCGACCACCGUGUCUUUGCAAUCCCAGUUGCCCCCUCUCCCUAUCAGCUGUGUGCUGUGGUGCGCUAAUUCCAGUCCUGCUCUGCAGGGCGGCCUGAGCCAUGCAGGACAGAUCAGUCUUGUGGCUGCUGCUGUUUCCUGCUCUAAACUCAAUCCCUGCUGUCUCUGCUGGGUCCUCAGAUAAUAGUCGUCAACCAACCUGCCUCACCCCCUCAUGCUCCCAAGGGACAACUAAAAUGCUGUGAGAAGAGAGUGUGUUGGGCCUGGAGCAUGGGCAGAGGGCUACAGUUUCAGAACUUGGGAGCCUAUCCUGCUCUCUAUAGCAAAGUUAACUACAUAAUGAGAGCUUGUUGUUGCCAGAGCCCGCUGACAGAGUUGAAUGGUUCUUGAGUCGGGAGUGAGGAUUGAAAUUAAUAAGCCAACACACACACAUGGGACCUUUCUGAGAGGCUCUAGUAGAAGCUAGCCCACCUUGCUUUAUUCUAGACUGACCAUUUUAAGACAGAACAAAAACACAAUAAAUGAAUUCACAGGGAAGUCAAGCAAAAGGUGACUUUGAUAAGACAUCCCACCUGCUGUCUAAACAAAAGGCGCUAGGCUUGGUAGCUUAUCACUGACUCCAGUGAAGGCCAGGGCGAAAGCAGUCUUUCCACUGAGAUCUAAAUAACAAAGCAGCCUGGCAGACCAGGGGCUCCCAACAGGUCUCCCUUUUUUAUAUUUUAAAAACUGACCAUAACUUAAGAUUGAUGGAGCAGAAGAUUGUGCCUGUCUUAGGUUGUCUCUCUUUUUUUUUUUUUUGUAAUUUUUAUUAAUUACAGUUUAUUCACUUUGUAUCCCAGCUGUAGCCCUCUCCCCGAUCCCAUCCCUAAUCCCAUCCUCCCUCUUCUCCUAUGCCCCUCCCCCAGUUCAAUGAUAGGGGAGGUCCUCCUCCCCUUCCAUCUGACCCUAGUCUUUCAGGUCUCAUCAGGACUGGCUUCUUUGUCUUCCUCUGUGGACUGGUAAGGCUGCUCCCCCCUAGGUGGAGGUGAUCAAAGAGCCAGCCCAUGAGUUCAUGUCAGGGAUGGUCCUUGUUCCUAUUACUGCGGAACCCUCUUGGACACUGAGCUGCCAUGGGCUACUUCUGUGCAGGAGUUCUAAGUUAUCUCAAUGAAUGGUCCUUGUUUGGAGUAUCAGUCUCAGAAAGACCCCAGUGCCAAAACUUUUGGAUUCUAUUGCUCUCCUUGUGGAGCUCCUGUCUCUAUCUCCCCCUUCUUUCAUAAGAUUCCCUGCACUCUGCCCAAAGUUUGGCUAUGAAUCUCAGCAUAUGUUUUGAUACCCUGCUGGAUAGAGUCUUUCAGAGGCACUCUGUGAUAGGCUCUUGUCCUGUUCCCUGUUUUCUCCCUCUUCUAAUUUCUGUCUUGUUUGCCCUUCUGAAUGAAGACUGAGCAUCUUACCCAGGGAGGUUUGUCUCUUAAAAGAUAUAUUCUUACCUUUCAUUGGUACAUGAAUUCCAUAAUUCAUGCCCUGUCUUAGGUUGAAUCUUUUUUAGAGAGAGCUUACCCAUUUUUGACUACCAACCUCCACUAGGGUAGAUACUGGGGCUUAAUCUUAUGCAGAUCAGCUCAGCUUUAACAUACUAAAAGGCCUUCAGGAAGUUUUUAAUUGUCACUAGUAGGAGAUAGGCUCCUAAAAAGAGUAAUAAGCCAUGUCCAAAUAACAUUCCAUAAUGUUACACGAUGACCACUUGUAUAAAAACCAAGCCUGAGAAACAUUCACAGGAGCCAUAAUAAAAAGCUGUUGAACAAUCAGAACCAUUUGAAAGCUUAGAAAUACAGUUUGUUAGUUUACAUUGAUGGCAAGAAACAUUAAAGUUUGAAUCUUGUAUAAACGUUAACAUUUCCAAACAGCAAAGCAUAAGGAGAAUUUACAUAGGCAGUUACAGGGCCUCCCAAGAGUUUCUGUGGCAAUCUUCCAUAUAUAUAGGUCUGCUGAAAAACAGAAUCAGCUCAAAGUCCCAUAGCCAGUCCUCUUUUCCAUUCUUCCUGAUUUUGUUGAGAAUUGUCCUCAUUACCAGAUCAAUCAAGUCCAGUCACAUUGUAUAAGAGGUUUCUCUGUAUAACAUCUCCCAGGAGCAGAAUGAAACAAAGGUUGGUCAAGAGCAUAAGCCCAAUAGAGCUAGCUGUCUGUUCACCAUCAGAACAGAAUUCACCAUGCUCAACAGCAGGAACAUCCUCCUUCCGGGGAACAACUGCAAAUUGUAACAGCCUUUCUCAGAUCCACCUGUCUCCUUUUGCAUCCUAAGGACGCACAAACAUGUCCUCUUCCCCAUAUUAAUAUGGGGUUGGGGCCCUGCUGUAUUCCAGUAAUCAGAUCUUUCCAUUUUACUUGAGUAUAAUUAUCUUUGGUAUUAGGGUGCCACAAUCGAACAGCCGCAGAAUGGCCAGGUAUAUCCACAUUUAAAAAAUUUUAAAGAGCAUGAUUAAGAUUUGGGUAUAUGACUCCCCUUUUUUAUUUUUGCAAUUGGUUCUUUUUUUUUUUUAAUUUUUAUUUUUAUGUACAUUUGGUAUUGGGCAUACAUAUAUGUCUGUGAGGGAGUCAGAUCCACUGGAAUUUGAGUUACACACCAGACAGUUGUGAGCUGCCAUGUAGGUGCUGGGAAUUGAACCAGGGUCCUCUAGAAGAGCAGUCAGUGUUCUUAACUGCUGAGCCAUCUCUCCAUUCCCCUGCAAUUGGUUCUUAAGAGAUCCAUGAGCAUAUUCCAUAGUUCCUUGGCCUUGAGGAUUAUAUGGAAUACCUGUUUUAUGACUUAUAUUCAUUUGUGCACAGAAACGCUGAAAAGCAUGUUAAUAUAUGCAGUACCAUCAUCAGUCUUUAUAAUGGAAGGAAUACCAACUGUAGCAAAACACUUUAAGCAAUGACUUAUAACAUGUUUGGUGGCUUCUCCUGCUAAGGGAGUUGCCAUGAUAAAUCCCAAAAGUAUCAAUUGUUAUGUGAAUUGUUUAGAAUGGUUUUAACCCUAGGUUUUAAGUAAGUUAACUUUAUGUUACAGAUUUUAACCAUACCCAGUAACCAAUAAUCUAUAACCAAGACAUUAAACAUGGUAAAUUUAUACCUUUAAGACAGAGAGACAAAACACCUUGCUACUUGUGAAUCUGAUUUUUUUAUGACCAUAGAAGCUUUGUAGUAUAAUUAACCAUUAGCUUUCUUACUGGAAAAACCGAGAAGCUGCCCCCCCUACCUUUUUUCCCCCUUAGCUCUGAGUGAUUUUAGCCUUAGCUGGACACUGCUCAGCAAGUUCUAACUUCCACAACAUGAUCUUCUGCUGAACAUUCUCUUGCAAAUUGCUUCCGGUCCCCUGGGCAGAGGGGACAAGGACUCUAACAGAACUUGAGUAAAAGCUGAUGUAAGACAAUAUUGAGAGCAUGUAGUUUUCAAUUCCUUUAAUUGUUUAAGAGAUAUAGGUACAUGGACUCUCACCAUAUUACCCUGUCCAUCAGUUUGCUCUAGCACUGGAAAACCAUAAAACUCAGUUAUAUCUUUUCCAUUGUACCUAGAGUGUUCUUCCUCCAGCUCUGCAAACUUAUCAGAAUCUGAGUCAUUCUCAAAGUCUUCUAACAAGAAAUUAUUAUCAUUAGGAGGGACAUACAGCUCUUCUGGAGGAGCUGAUGGUCUAAUCUCCUUUUGUCUUGAAGCUUACCAUUUUUCUAUCCUUUUUCUCUUUAACCCUAAAAGUUUCACUUUCUCAGUUCCAUGCUGCAUAUACAGACUAUUUCUAAUUAAAUUCUAUACAAAAAACUGUA